AGGGCGCACGCGCAGGCUCCUCCUGGUCGCGCGGGAGGGCGCGCGUCUGCGGCGACCCCCUCCCCCACCCCUCGCCGCGCCCGGCAGGAACCGGUCGCCGGGUUUGCUUUGGCUGCCGGGGUCCGUCGUCGUCAUGGACUCGCCGUGGGAUGAGCUGACCCUUGCCUUUUCUCGCACGUCUAUGUUCCCCUUUUUUGACAUCGCUCACUACCUGGUGUCUGUGAUGGCGCUGAAGCGUCAGCCGGGAGCUGUGGCAGUGGCACGGAAGAAUCCUCUUUCAAGCUGGUUCACUGCUAUGCUCCAUUGCUUUGGUGGAGGAAUUUUAUCCUGUGUAUUGCUUGCGGAGCCUCCGUUGAGGUUUCUUGCAAACAACACUAAUAUAUUACUGGCAUCUUCGAUCUGGUAUAUUACAUUUUUUUGCCCAUGUGACCUAGUUUCCCAGGGCUAUUCUUUCCUACCUGUUCAACUCUUGGCUGCGGGAAUGAAGGAAGUGACCAGAACUUGGAAAAUAGUAGGUGGAGUCACACAUGCAAAUAACUAUUACAAAAAUGGCUGGAUAGUCAUGAUAGCUGUUGGAUGGGCCCGAGGUGCAGGUGGUAGCAUUAUCACGAAUUUUGAGCAGUUGGUAAAAGGAGGUUGGAAACCAGAAGCUAAUGAAUGGCUGAAGAUGUCCUACCCUGCCAAGGUAACCCUACUGGGGUCAGUUAUCUUCACAUUCCAGCACGCCAAACACCUGGCAGUAUCAAGGCAUAAUCUUAUGUUCCUUUAUACCAUGUUUCUUGUGGCCACAAAGGAACCAAGAAUAUACGAUGGGGGAAGGAUGGUCUCUUCAAUAAAUGGUGUUGGGAAAACUGGAGAGCCACAUGGAAAAGAAUGAAACUGAAAUACUGUCUUAUACCAUACAUAAAAAUUAACUCAAAAUGGAUUAAAGACCUGAAACCAUAACACUCCAGGAGAUGAAAAUAUACUGGUAAGCUCCUUGACAUCAGUCUUGGUGAUUUUUUUUUUGGAUCUGACACCAAAAGCAAAGACAAAAAAGGCAAAAAUAAAUAAGUGGAACUACAUUAAAUUGAAAAAGUGUACAGCAAAGAAAACUGUCAGCAAAAUGAAAAGGCAACCUACUGAAUAGGAGAAAAUAUUUGCAAAUCAUGUAUCUGAUAAGUGGUUAAUAUCCAAAAUACAAAAAGAACUCAUACAACUCAAUAGCAAAAAGCCAAACAAUCCAAUUUAAAAAUGGACAGUUCUGAAUAGACAGACAUUUUUCCGGAGAAGACAUACAGAUGGCCAGCAGGUACAUGAAAAGAUGCUCAGCAUCACUCCUCCUCAGGCAAUGCAAAUCAAAACCACAAGGAGAUAUCAGAAUGUCAGAAUGGCUCUUAUCCAAAAGACAAGAAAUAACAAGUGUUUAUGAGGAUCUGGAGGACGGGGAACCCUUGUGCACUGUGGGUGGGAAUGGAAGUUGGUGCAGCCACUGUGCAAAACAGUUUGGAGGUUCCUCAAAAAAUUAAAAAUAGAACUACCUUAUGAGCUGGUAAUUCCACUCUGGAUACUUAUCUGAAGAAAUUGAAAUAAUUCAAAAAGAUAUAUGCAUCCCCAUGUUCACUGCAACAUUAUUUACAAUAGCCUGGAUAACAGAAACAAUGUGUCAGUUGGUGGAUGAAUAAAGAAGAUGUAAAACACACACACAUACAUACUGGAAUAUUGCUCAGCCGUAAAAAGAAUGAAAUCUUGCCAUUUGCAACAACAUGGUUGCAUCCUGAGGGCAUUAUGCUAAGUGAAAGAAGUUAGAAACAAAUACUACAUGAUUUCACUUACAUGUGAAAUCUAAAAAAAACAAAUGAACAAACAAAACAAAACUCAAAUAUAAGGAAUAGAUUGGUGGUUGCCAGGAGCUGGGGAUGGGGGGAGUGAAGGAUGAAGGAACUCAAAAACUACAACCUUCUAGUUACAAAAUAAGUCAUGGGGAUGCAGUGUGAAGCAUGGUGACUGUAGUUAAUCAUAGUGUAUUGCAUAUUCAAAAGCUGUUAAGAGAAUAAAUCUUAAAAAGUUUUCAUCACACAAAAGCUUUGUAACCAUGUAUGGUGACCUGUUGUGGUGAUCGUUUUGCAAUAUAUACAAAUAUUGAAACAUGUUUUACACCUGAAACUAAUAUGUCCAUUAUACCUCAAUAAAAAAAAUUUUUAAACAGUAAAUAAGAAUGUGUUUUUGAUCUUUCUCUCUUUUAAAAUUUACUUUCUCCUCUCAGUUUUGAGAAACAGAAGA